AUGGUCCCUGGCAUGAUGGGCGGAGCAGCCAGCGAGCAGCAGGCUCAUUUCCAUGUGCUGGGUGUGAUCGGACAUUUUGGAGGCAGGAAGUCUGAGAUCAAGAUGUUGGCGGAGAGCCAGCUGCUCCCCGGGAACAACUUCACCAAUGAGUGCAACAUUCCAGGCAACUUCAUGUGCAGCAAUGGGCGCUGCAUCCCGGGCUCCUGGCAGUGCGACGGCCUGCCCGACUGCUUCGACAAGAGCGACGAGUGGGAGUGCCCCAAAGCUAAAUCGAAGUGCGGCCCCACUUUCUUCCCCUGUGCUAGCGGAAUCCACUGCAUCAUUGGCCGCUUCCGGUGUAACGGGUUUGAGGACUGUCCCGACGGCAGUGACGAGGAGAACUGCACAGCAAACCCGCUACUCUGCUCCACCGCCCGCUACCACUGCAGGAAUGGCCUCUGCAUCGAUAAGAGCUUCCUCUGCGAUGGGCAGAAUAACUGCCAGGACAAUAGUGACGAGGAGGGCUGCGAAAGUUCUCAAGAACCAGGCAGCGGACAGGUGUUUGUGACCUCGGAGAACCAGCUCGUGUACUACCCCAGUAUCACCUACGCUAUCAUCGGCAGCUCCGUCAUCUUCGUCCUGGUGGUGGCCCUGCUGGCCCUGGUCUUACAUCACCAGCGGAAGCGGAACAACCUCAUGACGCUGCCUGUGCACCGGCUGCAGCAUCCUGUGCUCCUGUCCCGCCUGGUGGUCCUGGACCAUCCCCACCACUGCAACGUCACCUACAACGUCAACAACGGCAUCCAGUACGUGGCCAGCCAGGCGGAGCAGAAUGCCUCGGAAGUAGGCUCCCCACCCUCCUACUCAGAGGCCCUGCUGGAUCAGAGACCCGCAUGGUACGACCUUCCUCCACCACCCUAUUCUUCAGACACCGAGUCUCUGAACCAAGCCGACCUGCCCCCAUACCGCUCUCGGUCAGGGAGUGUGGACAGCGCCAGCUCUCGGGCAGCCAGCAGCCUCCAGAGUACGGAAGACACCAGCCACAGCCCAGGACACCCUGGCCCUCUGGAAGGCACUGCUCCACCCAGGGACUCUGCGCCCAGCCCGGGCAUGGAAGAAGUAUGAAAUCCAGCUGUUCCAAAGUCCAGAUGGGUCUGUCUGCUCCAACUUGUUACUCUUAACAACUGGUGCCCAUGGGACUCACUUUUAAGUUCCUUGAAGGGGGGGUCUCAAGCUGAGGUUGGGGGGUCAGCUGCCUCUCUGUCGCUCUGUUCCCCUCCUCCCUGAGAUGGUCUUUAGAGGGUGACCUGUGUUUUUCUGGCUUCUUGGUUGACAUCUUUUCUGUGAGGUCACUUUUCCUUGGGGGCCCACAGUCACAACCUCAUGCUUCCCUUCGUUCUGUUACGGUUGGAAUCCCUCUGAGUAGGCGUCAUGCAUUUGCAGGCAGCAGAUGAAACAGUAUUUAAGUAGUCCUCACAAAGCAGCGCUUCUGUUCCAUGUUGCAUGUCCAGAAGGGCAGAAGACACCGGACCAGAUUCUCUCGGAAGCUGCCGCCUUAUUGCUUUAUGUGGGGACAUGGGUCAGGUGUCUACCAGGAGACCAUCCAUGCAUGGCACCCUGAAGAGCACCCGGGUAUGAACCUCAAAACCCACCUUGUGUUACCCUACAUGUUGCUGUCACUUUAACAAAGACAGUGGCCAAAGGAAACUUUUGACGUGAGUGAUGCCCUUCAGCGAGCACCAGUGUCGUUUUGGUUUCAUGAAGGACUCAGAAACUGUCCUGGAUAGAUGUUGGCUUUGGGAAAUUUGCCCAAGAACCCUCAUUUGGAGAGGAUUUUCUGGCAGUGUAGAGCAUUGCCUCAUCUCAGAAUAGGCAGCAGCAGGGUCCUGCCCUGAGUUUAUCUGAGUUCUCAGCUUCUAACAUGAAGGCUGCCCGAGCCUGGCCUGCCUUGCCCUGCUGUCCCUUCCCUAGCUUCUGGAUUGUCACCCUCCUGGCUGAACUGCCAUACCUGAAGGAUGAAGACCUAAGAUGAGUUGGCCAAAAAGCUGAUCCGGCCUCUGCCCCAGGAAGCCACGCCCAACCCACCAACCUUCACGUUCAGCUUCAGCAGGAGGCUCCCAAGUGCCCUGCACCCCCGGGAGUGUGUUUGACCCUUGCAUUUGGACUUGAGGACCUUGGCCUCUGAGACACGUGGGAGCCGUGUACUCCCCGUGAGAGCUCCUGGCUUCCCGCUCCACACACACUCCUCUUGCCAGAGUCCCAGGACGGCACCCUGAGUUAGCGUUAGUGUUAAAGUUAGGGUCAACCCUCACCUAACAUCCUGGCAGGUCGGAGGCAGAGUAGAGAGCCGUCUUCUUCGAGCAACAUGGGCAACAAGAUUGUUUGGAGUCAAGAUUUUCCACUUGGGUUUUUUUGGUUUUUUUUUAAAUCUCUUAGAAAUGCAUUUGAAAUGGUGUGUUUGGUUUUUUUUCCCUUCUAGUUAAGGGACUAUUUAUAUGUGUAUAGGAAAGCUGUCUCCGUUGUGUUUGUUUUUCCUUUAGCAUAGUCCAAAGAAAGAUGCAAAAGGAGAUCCAGCCUUGGCCUCGUCCAGCCCCGUAAGCCCCCGCCCCAAGACUAACCUGCUGCUUUGUUGCACUUGGAGGUUAUUAUUUAUCCAGUUCCCAAAGGAUGCAGAAGUGGAGUUGCCUCCCUCGGUUCAGUCUCUGUUUUUGUGCCAGUUCUCCUCGUUCUAUCUGCUUGGCCAGCCACAGGGCCCACCCCACAGGAACGCUGGGUAAAAACUUGGGCAUUGUUCAGCAAGAAAACUACGAAAGGACAAAGCUGGAACCAAGUGGAGCCACCUUGACCCAGCUGUCACACACUCAGGGCUUCUUCCUAUAGCCCAAGAAAUGUUCAGUAACGUGUUUAAGGCUAAUUAGAACAAAGCCUGCUGCAGUGGGGAAUGAGGUCACCUUCUGUGAUCCUGCUCUAUAGACUUUUCCUUUUUUUUUUUUUUUUUUAAGCCAAAUCCAAAGUAAGUAACAGGACUGGCCACUUAGGUUUUUUGUUUGUUUGUUUGUUUGUUUUUGUUUUAGGUAAAGGAACCUAGCUGCUUGUGUCUUUCAGUUUCAAAAUAGCACUCGAGUUAUUUUCUGAGUAAUCCGAUAAAGAACUUGGGUAGCAGACAGAGCGUUUCUGGUCACACAUAUCAUCUCCUCUGAGUCGGUGUGGCUUUAUUGCUCCCUUUGAUGGCUGCCCACUUCUUCCUGGUGCUCUAGAAAUUGUUUAGAGGAAAGGAUUCUAAUUUUAAUUAAUUGUGCAGUGAGUUAAUCUCACGGCUUUUCUGCUUCCAGGCAUCUUAGGAAAAACAAACGGUUUUAGGAGAUAAGAGAAGCCUAUUAAUUUUUUUAACAAACAAACAAGGGACAUUUUAUUAUGGAUAUGAUUUUUAAUGGAUUUUUUAAAAAAAGCAUAAAUAGGACACCAAAACUGCAGGAUUUUUGGGCUCCCCCUACUUAAAAUGUCAAAUAAGUGCCCAAUAAUAUUUUUUAACUCAUUCCAACUAGGAUUUUUAUAUAUAUAUACAUUGCCUAAAUCUACACCAACCAGAAUGUAGUCUGUGCUUCACUCUCAGAUGAGGUCAGCAUUUUACUUUAGCAUUAAGAUAGUGACACUGUGAUCGUUAGCUUAUUGCCUCACUCAACCUUAAAACUGACAUUUUUUUAAAAAUGUAACUAAAUGGUUAACCGUGUGUGAUGUUUGAAGUAAUGCAAACUGGAAAGAUUGUGUGCGGCUGCUUUUUGUUGUUUGGUUAGGCUUGGUUUUGUUUCUCUGUGUGUUUUUUUAAAGUUUUUGUACUUUUAAAUAAACUUGCGGUUUCAUUCUUUC